AUAAUCCCGACGGACUAACAAAAACGAGAAAAGAAGAGCACGCGCCUGCGCACAAGGGCUCCAUGAGAUGUGGUUUUGUUUACAUAUUUUGGAAAUAAGCUAUUCACGUUUAACCUCAAUAGGAGCCAAGGUCAGAAGUCCCGAUCCAGUCUCUGCAUUUUGGAUUGACUGACAGCUGCGCAGGAUGAGUUCGGAGCCAGCCAGGAUUGAGAGCCUGCGUGUGUUGUACCAGAGCGAUGACUACAUCGUUGUGGACAAACACUGGGAUAUCCGUAUAGACAGUAAAAUGUGGUACGAAAAGCAGACCGUGCAGAUGCAGCUUCAGCAUCACUUCCCCCAUCUGGCAGACCCCAGCACCUACUAUGGGUUCAGGUUUUGUCACCAGUUGGAUUUUUCCACCAGCGGAGCUCUUUGUGUCGCUCUUAAUAAGGCUGCUGCUGGAAGGGCUUACCGCUGCUUUAAGGACCGCACUGUCACUAAGGCCUACUUGUCUUUGCUUCGUGGGUGGGUGGAAAAUGAGACACAAACUCUGGACUUCGCUAUUGGCAAGAACUCCAUGGAGGGAAAAACUCAUAUGAUGUGCAUCGAAGGAACCGAAGGUUGUGAGAAUCCAAAGCCUUCCCAAACUGAGCUGAUAGUGUUAGAGUAUGGGGUGUAUGACGGCGACCCCGUCACUAAGGUUCUGCUGCAGCCGCUCACUGGUCGAACCCACCAGCUGAGGGUCCACUGCAGCGAAAUCGGCCACCCCAUCGUCGGAGACUUCACUUACAGCUUGGGAGCAGAUGACUCUCCGUAUCGCAUGAUGCUACAUGCCUAUCUCCUCCAAAUUCCCCUGGAGCCUCAGCCACUUCUCGUCACUGGUGGAGACCCCUUCAACCCAGCGGUGGACCCUAAAUGGGUCCCGCAGCGCUCACUGCGGACACUGGAGGCCACUGCUGAGGCCGUUUUAGAGCACAGCAAGACUAAGGAAAAGGAACGAGUGGUGGCGAGAAGUGAGGGGGAGAAGAGGAAGAAGAGCAAGCAACGAAGGACUGGGGAGGACAGUGAGGAGCAGAGGAGGGUUUGUCAGGAGUGGCUGAGUGAAUGGGCUGGAGACUGAUGGGUUUUUAUUGUUUUGGUUUAAUUUAUUUAUGCAAAAAAAGCAUGUUGAGCAUGCUUAAAAAAUGAGGGACCACACACAGUGCUUAGAAGAGCAUGAAACAUUAAUAAGUGUCGUUAAAAGGCAUGUCAAAGGAUAUUUUAUGCACUUAAAAUAAUCAUUCUCAGAUCUUUGCCAGGUCAACCAUCAAGUCAUAGUAUCUUAAUUACCUCACUGCAGCCAAAGAUAGCGUGCCUUCCCUCAGGAUCAUAACUUCCCAUUUUAAAGAAGUUUUUAUUUUACUUUUAUAUUCAGCAAUUUAAAAAUAAAAAUAAAAUUACUUCCUUCUUGUAAAUGUAUUUUAGUUGCUGCUCCAGUCAUGUAGGUUUGAAGUCAUAGAUGUUUCCUGGACUCAUGUUUGUCGUCAUAUAAUGUAUCUUGUUAAGUAAAUCCCAACUAAAAACCUACUGUUGUUAGAUAUCCUGUCUAUUAAAAAAUUAUUAACACCUGU